AUGGCGUCUCGCGUUACACUUAUGAAAGAUAGAUUUUACAACAAUGUAGCAACGUCUAGAAAGUUAACAAGUGGUAAGAAUACAGUUUAUACUGAAGAUGAACGUUACAAACUGUUGUUAGAAGAGGUCACUACGGCAAAAAUAACAGCAAAGAAGACUCCUCGCGAUUAUUGGCUGUUACGGCGAUACGAUUUUCUUACUAUAGAUCAAAAUAGUAAACUUAUUUUUCCUGUUAAAGAUACUGGUAGCAAUAUACUUUACUACGUAUGUGACAACGAGUUAUUCGACGUAUUGCACGAAGCUCAUAUAAGAAUUGGCCACGGCGGAAGAGACCGCAUGAUGAAAGAGGUAUGGAGUCACUACAAAAACAUAACACGUAAGGAUAUAGAAACCUAUAUUCAACUUUGUGAACCAUGUCAACAAAAGCAAAAAGGCAUUAAAAAGGGUAUUACUGUAAAGCCUAUUAUAUCAUCUGAAUUCAACUCCAGAUGUCAAGUGGAUUUAAUAGAUUUUCAGUCUCAGCCGGACGGUGAAAACAAAUUCAUACUAGUUUAUCAAGACCACUUAACAAAAUUUGUUGUUUUAAGACCACUCAAAUCUAAACGAGCUGAGGAAGUGGCUUACACUUUGUUGGACAUAUUUACUUUAUUAGGUGCCCCUGCCAUUCUACAGUCCGACAAUGGCAGAGAAUUUUCUAACAAAAUUAUUGAAAACUUAAAAACAUAUUGGCCUACUUUAAAAAUUAUCCAUGGUAAGCCCAGGCAUUCGCAAAGUCAGGGCAGUGUAGAAAGGGCUAAUCAGGAUAUUGAAAAUAUGCUGACCACUUGGAUGCAAGACAAUGAUAAUUCACAUUGGAGUGAGGGUAUAAGAUUUGUGCAACUCAUGAAAAACAGAGCAUUUCAUGCUGGCAUCAAGCAAACUCCUUAUGAGGCCCUUUUUGGGUGUAAAGUAAAGGUAGGACUAUCGUUGCCAAAUCAUUUUACGCGAAGCGUCGAAACUGAAGAAGAUUUGGAGAAAAUCAUACAGGAUCUUGACCAGAUUAAAGCAGAUCCCAAAGCUUCUACGUUUAAACCCUGUGAGGUAAAUAUAGAGAAAAGUCAAGCCUCUAAUAACAAUUUGGAACAAUGUGAAAUAAGUAAGCAACCCCUAGCCAGUGCGCAAGAUAAAAAAUGCAGCGUCUGUUCACAAGAAACUAGUGGAGCUCAUACUUGCAGGAUAUGCGGAUGGAUGUGUCAUUCACACAAUUUACGCUGUUGUUGAGCGAUCAACUGACGAAGGACAUGGGUCUAAAGUACUCUGCCCUUUGUGUUCAAAAAAAUCAGUAGCGUUAGAAAACCGUCAAAUUGCUAAGGAAAAUCUACAAUAACAGGCAGAAAAGAUGUUGAAAACGAGUGGCAAAAAAUUUCCUCCAGUAUCUAUUAGCACCUCUGUAAGGGUUUUCGUACCAGAAGUCGAUAGAGGACGUGGUGAUGCGCGUAAUAUUAUAGGAGUGGUCUUAGAUAAAACUGAUGACGAGCUUUAUCAAAUCGGUACAAAGAAUGGAGUUAUAAAACAAUUGUAUUCUAGAUCUCAGUUCAAUGUUUGUCCAAAAGAUAUGUUAGAAAUCAAAGAUGUACCUUGUACUGAUAUUUCACUACUCUCAGUUGCGAAUCUAAAAUCAACUGGAACCGGACAAGGAUUCAAAAAGUGUCUUUGCAAGAAGGGUUGUAGUUCAUUAAAAUGUUUGUGCUUUAAAAAUAAA